AGGAUACUGUUGUCUUCUUCUACUUUUAUAACACCAUCUUUGUGGAUUGCGAUCCAAUAAGAAAUUUAAUGAGGCGUCUGAAUGCAAAAAAGUCUUGCACCUACUCAGCGAUCAUUCACCCUGGAAGAAAACAGAGGCGUCUGACUCAAAAAAAUCCUUAACACCAGUUCGCAGCUACUCGGUGAUCAUCAGCACUGGGAGAAUUCAAGCAGUCGAAGGAAGCGAUUGUCUCUAUGGCAUCCGUGAUUUCCUGUAAUGAGAAAGGUAAUCAUACAAUGUGUUUUUCAGCAGUUGAGGACAGGGACUUUCAGUUCUUAUCCAUGGCAAUAAAAGAAGCAUACAACGCUGUAGAAUCUGAAGAUGGUGCCCCUUUUGGUGCUGUUGUGGUCUGUGGAGAGGAAGUUGUUGUGAGUUGUCAUAACAUGGGUCUGAAGCAAACAGAUCCAACUGCACAUGCAGAGGUUGUGGCUAUAAGAGAGGCAUGCAAAAAACUUGAGCGCACUCACCUUCCAGACUGUGAGAUUUAUUCGUCUUGCGAACCUUGCUCAAUGUGUUUUGGAGCUAUUCAAUUGACAAAAUUUAAGCGCUUGUUUUAUGGUGCCAAUGUAGAAUCGGCAAUUUCUGCUGGACUUGAGGCGACAAUUUCAAAUGCCUUGAGGGGCACUGGUGUCUACCAGAAAACUAAUAUCAUAGUAGAUAAGGCAUAUGGUUGCCUUGCUGAUAUGGCUGAAAAAGUUUUUGAAGAUACAAGGGCAAUAAAAUAAUAUGAUCAUCCUCAUCUAGUUGCUUGAGAGACACAAACCUGACAGCUUGCCCUGUCCAGAAAUCUAAUGUCAUGUUUGUUCAUUCUUAUUAGAUACAUACUGCUGUCUUCCUUCGAGCUUGGAAAUAGACAGCAGAUUUUCCUUAAACAUCUCCUAUAAGUAGGUGCACCAAACAAGAAUGGCUGUGUUUAUAUAGUAAUAGAUUGCUGAUCUUAUAUACAACAUGCAUUAUCAUAAUAGUGAAAUAUAGAAUCUGUAAGGCUAGCUCAAAGCCUAUUUGUGGCCA